CGCGCACAUGUGCGCAUGUCUGUGCACGUGUGUGAGGAGCAGAUCUCAUGCUCCUGUGGGCGGCAGGGGCGGAGACAGGUGAUGCCCCACUGGGAGGCCCUCAGCCCCCUCUGCACGCAGCCCCGCCCGGGGGUUCCUGCCUCCCCAAGUCACUCGGUCCCCGGGCCGGGCAGGAGGGUGACCCGGUAUCUGUGGCCGCAGGAAGACACGCAAAGCCGGCCAGGCUCCUCCGGGCGACGGAGGUCCUGGUGGAAGCGGGAUUCCGGGGACUCGCGGACGUUUUCCAGGAUGAGCCGUUCGGAGGUGCGUCUGGAGGCGACCGAGGUGACACUGAAGACCGAGGUGGAGGCCGGCGCCAGCGGCUACAGCGUCACGGGCGGCGGGGACCAGGGCAUCUUUGUCAAGCAGGUGCUGAAGGACUCCUCGGCCGCCAAGCUCUUCAGCCUGAGAGAAGGGGAUCAGCUGCUCAGCGCGACCGUCUUCUUUGACCACAUUAACUACGAGGAUGCUCUCAAAAUACUUCAGUACUCAGAGCCGUACAAGGUCCAGUUCAAGAUCAAACGGAAGCUCCCGGCUGCAGGGCCCGAGGACUGGGCCUCCAGCACCGCUCAGCGCGCCCCAAAGCACACAGGGACCCAGGACGAGGAUGUCGCCGAGGGGAGCGCAGACACACCCGUGAAGACGCUGGAGAGAGACGGGGACCAGGAGAGGCUCAUCUCCAAGUCCAGGGCAGGCAGAGGCCGGCGGGCCCAGAGGGAGAGGCUGUCCUGGCCCAAAUUCCAAGCCACGAAGAGCAAGCGUGGGCCCCGGAGGUCGCACAGCUCCUCCGAGGCCUACGAGCGGGGCCAGGCCCCCAAUGGGUCCCCCACGAGCUCGGACACGGAGGCCCAGUUCCUGGCAGAGGAGCGGGAGCGGGAGCGGACGGCAGGGGCCGGCAGCCAGCGGAGGAGGAGGAGGUUCCUAAACCUGAGGUUCAAGGUGGGCUCCGGGAAGGGACCAUCGCCGGUGGGGCGCCGAGGCAGAGUGGCCGGAGGCGGGACUAUCCAGACCCCCCACCUUGCAGAGGCAGGGUCCUGGGGUGACAGCCGACAGGACACCAGGGCUGCGGCGCAGGGCAGGAGGGAGGGCGGGGCGGCAGAGACCCCGGAGGGGCCACCUGUUGUGAGCAUGGAGGGUGGAACGGGCAUGGCGCCCAGACGCCGAAAGAAGACAAAGGUGGGGCAGGGCCACGGGGAGAGUGUGCCGCGGGGGACAGCCGGGGCGGGCCACGGGGAGGGAGGCAGAGGCUGGACACGGGCAUUGACAGGUGAUCCCUGCAAGACCCUGCCGGUGAGGCCGCCCAUGGGGCCACCAGCCGAGUACCAGACCCGAGCACCAAACCUACAGACGCCCACCUCCAGCUUUUCCACAGGAAAAGAGCUGGGCACCGCAGGAGGCAGGCAGAGGCAGGGCCCAGACACCGCAUGGGACAGAGUCCCCGCAGCGCACGGGCCACACGGGGAGGAUGCCAGAGCAGAGAGGGGCGCGGCAGGACUGAGAGAGGGCAGCAAAAGGGGGGACAGUGACGUGGGGGGCGGGGAGGAGAAGAGGAAAAUGCUAGGGUUGAAAAUGCCCUCGUUUGGAUGGUCCCCUGAGGAGGCGAAGCCCAGGGCAGGAACACGGGGACAGGAAACAGACAGAGAGACCCAGAGACACAGACACUUCACGGCUGUCAAUUUGCAGAUGGACCCAGAGGACGCCGAUGGGAAGGAGAGAGGAGCCCAGAAACACCCAGCAAGGAGGACAGCGGAGAGGGACCGGGGGGCCAAGCCGGAGGGCAGCCUCGGCCUCGGGGACAAGGAGGUGGUCGCCCACGACAGCAAGUUCAAGAUGCCCAAGUUCAGGAUGCCUUCCUUCUGCACGUCAGGGGCAGCCAUGGAGGCCUCAGGGGACCUGUCCCUGCCAAAGGCUGAGGCAGACGUGUCCCUGCCCUCCAUCCAGAUGGACGUCAAGGCCAGUGACCUCAGUAUGGAGCUCCCAUCGGCCGACGUGGACAUCAAGACAGGCGAGCUGGGAGUGAAGCUCCCGGAGGGCCACCUGCCCGAGGGAGAGCUCGAGGGACCCUCCUCCGGAAUGGGGUUCAAAGGGCACCUGCCCAAGGUGCACAUGCCCAGCAUGAAGAUGCCCAAAGCAGACUUCAAGGGCCCCCAGGUGGACAUCAAGGGGCCCAAAGUGGACCUGAAGGGCGCCAAAGGGGAGGUGUCGGCCCCUGACAUGGAGGUGUCAGUGCCCAGCAUGGAGGCGAACAUCCAGGCACCAGGCCCAAUGGCGGAGGGAGACGUUGUCCUGAGGGACAAGGAGGUGGACACCUGGGAUGGGAAGUUCAAGAUACCCAUGUUCAAGAUGCCGUCCUUCGGAGUAUCGAGGCCAGAGAUAAAUUGGGGGACAUCUGUGGACAUGCCCGAGACCGAGUCGACAGGGGAGGCGAGACUUCCUUCCCUGGAAGGUGAGAUGCGAGUCCCAGAGGGUAGCAUCCACUUGCCAUCUGCUGACCUCGAGCUCCCUGGGGGAGAGUGGGAGGUGGCCGUCCCCAAGGGAGAGGUGACCAAGGGAGAGCUGAAGGGCAAAGCAGAAGGAGCCAGAUUCAAAGGCCACUUGUCCAAGGUGCAGAUGCCCAGCAUCCAGGUACCCAAGGUGGACAUAAAGGGUCCCCCAGUGGACAUUAAGGGGCCCCAGGUGGACAUCAAGGGGCCCAAACUGGACCUGAAUGACACCAAAGGGGAGGUGACUGUACCCAAUAUGGAGGUGUCACUGCCCAGCAUAGAGGACAUUCAGGCACCAGGGCUCAAACUUGAGGGUGAAGUCAUCGUGGGGGAUAAGGAAGUGGCCGCCAAGGACAGCAAAUUCAAGAUGCCCAAGUUCAAGAUGCCUUCCUUCGGGAUGUCUGGGCCAGGCAAGUCCAUGGAGGCCUCAGUGGACGUGUCCCUGCCAAAGGCUGAGGCAGGCGUGUCCCUGCCCUCCAUCCAGACUGACGUCCAGGCCAGUGACCUCAGUAUCGAGCUGCCUUCUGCCGACGUGGACAUCAAGACAGGAGAGCUGGGAGUGAAGCUCCCGGAGGGCCACCUGCCCGAGGGAGAGCUCCAGGAGCCCUCCUCCGGAGUUGGACUCAAAGGGCACCUGCCCAAGGUGCACAUGCCCAGCAUGAAGAUGCCCAAAGUAGACUUCAAGGGCCCGCAGGUGGACGCCACGUUCAAGGGCCACAUGCCCAAGGUGCAGAUGCCCAGCAUGAAGAUGCCCAAAGUAGACUUCAAGGGCCCGCAGGUGGACAUCAAGGGGCCCAAAGUGGACCUGAAGGGCGCCAAAGGGGAGGUGACCGUCCCCGAGGGAGGGGCCACGUUCAAGGGCCACAUGCCCAAGGUGCAGAUGCCCAGCAUGAAGAUGCCCAAAGUAGACUUCAAGGGCCCGCAGGUGGACAUCAAGGGGCCCAAAGUGGACCUGAAGGGCGCCAAAGGGGAGGUGACCGUCCCCGAGGGAGCCACGUUCAAGGGCCACAUGCCCAAGGUGCAGAUGCCCAGCAUGAAGAUGCCCAAAGUAGACUUCAAGGGCCCGCAGGUGGACAUCAAGGGGCCCAAAGUGGACCUGAAGGGCGCCAAAGGGGCCACGUUCAAGGGCCACAUGCCCAAGGUGCAGAUGCCCAGCAUGAAGAUGCCCAAAGUAGACUUCAAGGGCCCGCAGGUGGACAUCAAGGGGCCCAAAGUGGACCUGAAGGGCGCCAAAGGGGAGGUGACCGUCCCCGAGGGAGCCACGUUCAAGGGCCACAUGCCCAAGGUGCAGAUGCCCAGCAUGAAGAUGCCCAAAGUAGACUUCAAGGGCCCGCAGGUGGACAUCAAGGGGCCCAAAGUGGACCUGAAGGGCGCCAAAGGGGAGGUGACCGUCCACAUGCCCAAGGUGCAGAUGCCCAGCAUGAAGAUGCCCAAAGUAGACUUCAAGGGCCCGCAGGUGGACAUCAAGGGGCCCAAAGUGGACCUGAAGGGCGCCAAAGGGGAGGUGACCGUCGCCACGUUCAAGGGCCACAUGCCCAAGGUGCAGAUGCCCAGCAUGAAGAUGCCCAAAGUAGACUUCAAGGGCCCGCAGGUGGACAUCAAGGGGCCCAAAGUGGACCUGAAGGGCGCCAAAGGGGCCACGUUCAAGGGCCACAUGCCCAAGGUGCAGAUGCCCAGCAUGAAGAUGCCCAAAGUAGACUUCAAGGGCCCGCAGGUGGACAUCAAGGGGCCCAAAGUGGACCUGAAGGGCGCCAAAGGGGAGGUGACCGUCCCCGAGGGAGCCACGUUCAAGGGCCACAUGCCCAAGGUGCAGAUGCCCAGCAUGAAGAUGCCCAAAGUAGACUUCAAGGGCCCGCAGGUGGACAUCAAGGGGCCCAAAGUGGACCUGAAGGGCGCCAAAGGGGAGGUGACCGUCCCCGAGGGAGCCACGUUCAAGGGCCACAUGCCCAAGGUGCAGAUGCCCAGCAUGAAGAUGCCCAAAGUAGACUUCAAGGGCCCGCAGGUGGACAUCAAGGGGCCCAAAGUGGACCUGAAGGGCGCCAAAGGGGAGGUGACCGUCGCCACGUUCAAGGGCCACAUGCCCAAGGUGCAGAUGCCCAGCAUGAAGAUGCCCAAAGUAGACUUCAAGGGCCCGCAGGUGGACAUCAAGGGGCCCAAAGUGGACCUGAAGGGCGCCAAAGGGGAGGUGACCGUCGCCACGUUCAAGGGCCACAUGCCCAAGGUGCAGAUGCCCAGCAUGAAGAUGCCCAAAGUAGACUUCAAGGGCCCGCAGGUGGACAUCAAGGGGCCCAAAGUGGACCUGAAGGGCGCCAAAGGGGAGGUGACCGUCGCCACGUUCAAGGGCCACAUGCCCAAGGUGCAGAUGCCCAGCAUGAAGAUGCCCAAAGUAGACUUCAAGGGCCCGCAGGUGGACAUCAAGGGGCCCAAAGUGGACCUGAAGGGCGCCAAAGGGGAGGUGACCGUCGCCACGUUCAAGGGCCACAUGCCCAAGGUGCAGAUGCCCAGCAUGAAGAUGCCCAAAGUAGACUUCAAGGGCCCGCAGGUGGACAUCAAGGGGCCCAAAGUGGACCUGAAGGGCGCCAAAGGGGAGGUGACCGUCGCCACGUUCAAGGGCCACAUGCCCAAGGUGCAGAUGCCCAGCAUGAAGAUGCCCAAAGUAGACUUCAAGGGCCCGCAGGUGGACAUCAAGGGGCCCAAAGUGGACCUGAAGGGCGCCAAAGGGGAGGUGACCGUCCACAUGCCCAAGGUGCAGAUGCCCAGCAUGAAGAUGCCCAAAGUAGACUUCAAGGGCCCGCAGGUGGACAUCAAGGGGCCCAAAGUGGACCUGAAGGGCGCCAAAGGGGAGGUGACCGUCCCCGAGGGAGCCACGUUCAAGGGCCACAUGCCCAAGGUGCAGAUGCCCAGCAUGAAGAUGCCCAAAGUAGACUUCAAGGGCCCGCAGGUGGACAUCAAGGGGCCCAAAGUGGACCUGAAGGGCGCCAAAGGGGAGGUGACCGUCCCCGAGGGAGCCACGUUCAAGGGCCACAUGCCCAAGGUGCAGAUGCCCAGCAUGAAGAUGCCCAAAGUAGACUUCAAGGGCCCGCAGGUGGACAUCAAGGGGCCCAAAGUGGACCUGAAGGGCGCCAAAGGGGCCACGUUCAAGGGCCACAUGCCCAAGGUGCAGAUGCCCAGCAUGAAGAUGCCCAAAGUAGACUUCAAGGGCCCGCAGGUGGACAUCAAGGGGCCCAAAGUGGACCUGAAGGGCGCCAAAGGGGAGGUGGACAUCAAGGCCUCAGUGGACGUGUCCCUGCCAAAGGCUGAGGCAGGCGUGUCCCUGCCCUCCAUCCAGACUGACGUCCAGGCCAGUGACCUCAGUAUCGAGCUGCCUUCUGCCGACGUGGAUGUGAAGACAGGCGAGCUGGGAGUGAAGCUCCUGGAGGGCCACCUGCCCGAGGGAGAGCUCCUUGGAUCGGCCUCCACAGUUGGAAGCAAAUGGCACCUGCCCAAGGUGCACAUGCCCAGCAUGAAGAUGCCCAAAGUAGACUUCAAGGGCCCGCAGGUGGACAUCCAGGGGCCCAAGCUCGAUCUGAAGUGCUCCAAAGGGGAGGUCACUGCCCCUGACUUGGAGGUGUCCGUGCCCAGUGUGGAGGCUGACAUCCAGGCUGCUGGCUCCAAGCUGGAGGGAGACAUUGUCCUCGGGGAUAAGGCAGUGGCUACCAAAGACAGCAAGUUCAAGAUGCCCAAGUUCAAGAUGCCUUCCUUCGGUGCAUCUCCACCAAGCAAGGAUUGGGGAACAUCAGUGGACGUGUCCGUGUCCGACCCCACUGGGACGGCCACUCUACCGUCCAUGGUAGGUGAGAUUCAAGGCCCAGAAGGCAGCAUCCACCUGCCAUCUGCUGAUCUCGAGCUCCCUGGGGGAGAGUUGGAUGUGCCCCUGCAGGAAGGAGAGGUGACGCUGGGGGGGCUGAAGGGCAAAGUAGAAGGGGCCAGGAUCAAAGGCCACCUGCCCAAGAUGCAGAUGCCCAGCAUCAAGGUGCCCAAGGUGGACAUCAAGGGGCCAAAACUGGACCUUAAGUGCGCCAAAGGGGAGGUGACCCCUCCUGACACAGAGGUGUCGCCGUCCCGUGUGGAGGUGGCUAUCCAGGAGCCACAUGCCAAGGUGGUGGGUGCCAUUGGCCUGGAGGACAAGGAGGUGGCCGCCCGAGAGAGCAAGUUCAAGAUGCCCAAGGUCAGCAUGCCGUUCUUCCGACCAUCAUCCAGUAAGACUUACUCGGUGUCGGCGCAUGCCCGCGGAGGUGCCACCGUUGCAGAAGUGACCUCCUCUCCUGACGAAGUGCGUACAGCUGUUGACUGGGCUGAUCAUUCUGUUUCCAUGGGCGACGCGGGUUGGGAGGACGCCACGCUUACGAAGUGCCAGGUGCCUCUCCCCAGAGCCAGCGUCUCUGCAGAGGCGCCUCGGGAAACCCUCUCUGAGUCCAAGGGGGGUGCGCCCCAGUUCAGCGCCCCAUGUGCUGCCGACCUCCCGUCCUGGGAGCCCGUUCCUUCGUCCCAAACUGACAGCCACCCUGGCCCGGCGCACCCCCUGGUUCACUCGUCUUAUGGCCGCGUGACUUUUCCUAAAUUCCAUCGACCCAAGUUCCGGUUUUCAGUCGCAGCGGCAGCUGAGGCCGAGGGAGAGCCCCGCGCCCUGGAGGGUGCCCCCUCCCCUCGCAGCCCCACACAGGUCCUGGACUCUGAGGAAGCCACAGUGUUCCUGGGGUCGGCCACUCCGCUGCCACCUGCAGGCGUCUCCAUGUCCAGGGGCACGGAGGAGCCCGCGGGCAGUCGGGCCAGCUCGCAGGACAGCUGGUUCAGGAUGCCCUCGCUCCGCCUGCCCAGCUUCUGGCGCUCCUCGAAGGAGCAGGGGGCGGCGGGGGCACCGAGGGAAGGGGAGGCCCCCGCUGCAGCCAAGAGUCCAGGGGUCUGUGCUCCUGGGUCAGAGGCGGAGGCAGCCGUGGCCCCAUCGCCCCCAGAGGCAGAGGUGGAGGCGGAUGCGGCGGAAGCUCUCAGGGGAGGUCUGCACAGCCCAGCCCCAGGCUCAGAGCUGCACCUGCCUCCUGCCAGCAUGUCCCCCGAUGAGCCUCCCACUUCUCAGGCCCGGCUGGGUCCAGGCGAAGGCCCCCUUUCCCUUCAGAUGCCUGGAGGGAGACUUUCAGAAACCCAAGCUCCUCCUGCCAGAGGGGCAGGGAGCACUGAGCACCCGUCUCCCCCACCGGAAGGCCCUCUCAGACUGAAGGCUUCGAGGACAGACGUGCCAGCCCAAAUUUCCAUCGUGGGUCGGGUCUGGGAGGAUUCUGUGCUCACUGUCAAGUUCCCCAAGUUAAAGGUGCCCAGGUUCACCUUCCCGGCCCCCAGCGGCGAGGCUGACAUCUUCAUCCCCCCGGCCGUGCGAGAGGUGUGGUGCCCGGACAGCAGCCUGGAUCUGGCCCUGAGCAAGGAGCACCCUGGGGUGUGGGGCGUGAGCCUCCUGCAGGCCGGCGCUGUGGACCCCGGGCAGCAGCCGGUGGUCCUGGACCUCCCCGCGGAGGCCAGCCCCAUUUCCAAGGUCAGAGUCCACAUUCAAGGUGCCCGGGUGGAGAGCCGGGAGGUCACCAUACACAGCAGGGUCCUGGCAGAGCCUGCUGACUGGCCGGGACCCCAGGCUGGCUCCACUCAGAUCGUCCGGGAGUCGGAGAUCCCGGCCUCCGAGGUCCAGACGCCUUCUUACGGGUUCUCCUUGCUCAAGGGGAAGGUCCCCGAGAGCCCCUUGCGGUGCCAGGUGCAGGUGGUCACUCAGGGCAGCCAAGCCGCUUCCCAAGGUGACCGAGGGGCCCUGGGAGCUGACCGGGGGCCUGGAGCCCUGCAGCCCGACACAGAGACGUUUGAAAUCAUCUCUUCUGGCACCGACGAGGGACCACAGACGGCCACGUCGGAAGGGAGCUCGGGCCUCCAGCCUGCAGACAGCGGUUCCGACGACGAGGAGCCCGCGGAAAUCCUCGAAUUCCCCCCUGAAGAAGGCCGAGAGGGAGACGGGGAUGCCAGGGAGAAGCCGGAAAGCAAACGGUCCUCCGGGCGGUUCCGGUUUUGGCUUCCGAGCAUCGGGUUCUCCUCCGCGGCCACCGAGGACACCAGCACCGCAGCCACAGAAGAGGAACCAACACCAGCUCCGGUCCAAACGCAGCCCGAGGCCCGCCCGGCGGCCGAGCUGCCCAAGAAGCCGGAGAAGGCGGGCUGGUUCCGAUUCCCCAGAUUAGGGUUCUCCUCGGCCCCCAGCAGGAAGAGCGAGAGCGCUGGGGACGAGCCGGGCCCAGCGGAGGCCACGCCCCAGGCAGAAGCGCUCACGUUUUUCGAUGCCCGAGAAAGCUUCUCCGCCGAGGACAAGGAGGGGGAGCCCGGGGAACCAGAGGGCAAGGCCGGGGCUGGCUGA